AUGGUCUUCUCCUUUCCUCCUCCUGUAAUUUGUGAUGAACUAUUUAAUACGAGGAAAGGACUUGGAACAACUGAGGAAUGGCUCUAUAUAUUGACCAAGGUUGAAGGUGACAAGCUUUUGUGGUAUGCUUUGGACCCAUUGUCGAGAAGGUGGCAGAGGUUGCCUCAAAUGCCCAAUUUUGCUUUAGAAGAUGAAUCUAGGAAAGGUUUGGCUAGUCUUCGGAUGUGGAAUGUUGUCGGAUCCGGCAUUAAAAUUGCAGAUGUUAUUAGGGGUUGGCUUGGGCGGAAGAAUGCACUGAACAGAAUGCCGUUUUGUGGGUGUGCCAUCGGUGCUAUUGAUGGCUGCCUCUAUGUGUUAGGAGGAUUCUCUAGAGCUUCAGCCCUGAGGUGUGUUUGGCAGUAUAAUCCAGUUCUAAAUUCAUGGAGUGAAGUAAGUUCAAUGUUAACCGGUAGGGCCUAUUGUAAGACUGCCAUCUUAAAUAAUAGGCUAUACGCUGUCGGAGGGGUUACCAGGGGCCAUGUUGGUUUAACUCCACUUCAGUCUGCUGAAGUUUUUGAUCCUUGUACCGGUGUUCUACCCACUGCAUUUUUGGCUGAUCUACUCAAACCGAUUGCCACGGGAUUAACAUCAUAUAGGGGAAGGUUAUUUGUGCCUCAGAGUUUAUAUUGCUGGCCGUUUUUUGUUGAUGUCGGAGGGGAGGUAUAUGAUCCAGAGGUAAAUUCUUGGGUUGAAAUGCCGGCAGGCAUGAGUGACGGUUGGCCUGCAAAACAAGCUGGAACAAAAUUAAGCAUCACCGUGGAUGGUGAGUUGUAUGCACUCGAUCUGUCUAAUUCUCCUGAAAGUGUGAGGAUUAAAGUAUAUGAUUUCCAAGAUGAUGCUUGGAAAGUUGUAGUAGGAGAGGUCCCGAUUCCCAACUUCACUGAUUCAGGCUCUCCCUAUUUGCUUGCUGGUUUACUAGGAAAGAUUCAUGUGAUUACUAAAGAUGCCAACAGUAUCUCUAUUCUGCAAGCCGAUGUGCAAAACCAUGUUUCCUCACCAUCAGCUUCGUCAUCGGAUAGCUACGCUGGUGCACAUCCCAAGUCUGCAGGACCUGCAACAGCAAUGGAAACAGUUCUUUGGAGGGUUAUUGCUGAAAGGACGGCCGGAUCUUCUGAACUAGUUAGUUGUCAGACUCUCAAUAUCUAG